UUUAACUUUCUUUGGAUUUAUUGCGGCUGUAAUUCACGGACUGGGUUGCCGUUGUUCUUUACCUGUUUAAAGAUUCGUGGCGCUGGUGUAAAAUAGGGACGGAGUUUGGCCAUUUUCCUUGUUAAGAUCAGCGAUCCACUAUGUUCAGCCUAACGCACUACGCUAACAGCGUGGAUAUUCUGGGAGACGACGGGAUGAUGCGGUACGGACGCGUGGUGGACGUGGCCAACAACGGUCUCUUCGUUGACCUGCUCUAUCCCAACCGGCGCCGUGAGUACGUUCCAUUCAACAGGCUCUUUUCGCCGUGCGAGACGAGCGAAGCUGAUCCGCAUCGCACUUUCUCUACCGAAUUCGCGACAUUUCACGUGGAAAUCCUGGUGCCGGAGACGCCACGGGGACCCUUGAUUUGGCUGCCUGGCCUGGCAAUCAGUUUGGGGCUCGGUGGGUCGGUGGAACAUUACGGAGGCACCAUCGUUCAUUGGCGACGCAAGGACAACGGAGAGCGCUGCUCGGACAUCAUUCCCAUUCAACGCAUCCGUUGGCCGCUGACGAACGCACUGCCACUGCACCGUUACAUCCGUCCGCAGAUCUUCGUCAAGCGUACCCUGCCCCUGGACGAUGCAUUUCACUCGGUGUCCUCUGUAGAAUCUGAGUUGCUCAUCAAGCGACUGAAUGACUAUGAAUUGCGUCGCCUUCCCUUUCCAUGCUCAGUGGACGUUGUGGAGCUCGUGGACAGCCGUUUGGGUUACAUAUUCCAGCCACGCUUGGAAGGUUCUGGAAUAUACGAUCCCCGAGGCUUGCGAGUUUUGGCGUCGCUGGCCAGUUUCCAGGCGGAGCUGCUGAGACUGUCGGCGGUGAUAGAGGAGAUCCCGGCAACAAGAGACACGACGCUGUCAGCGCAAUUGUGGCAGCAAGUAUUUUCAAACUUGGAAACUGUGACGCAGACGAAGCUGCGCGCGGUGUGCACCGCGUGGAACACGGCAAUGGAUGAGCCAGUGCUGCGUGGUUGUAUUGUGAUCGGAGACUGCGACGAUUGCAAGUGUAACUUCACCGAUUUCCUCCGCAUGGCAACCGUGUACAAGCGCCUGCAACCGGGCACCCAGUACGUGAUGACGCAGGCCGGUAGCGUCGAAUGCUGCCCGAUGAGCACCGUCCAUGUGCUGAUGCUGUGCGACAUGAUUCACUAUGUGGUUCACCACCACAUCGACAUCCGCCUGCGCAGUCUGCAUGUUAGCCGAUUCGCUCUAGAUUUGCAGAUUAACGGCGCCACCGGUAUGGCGGGCACUGGUGGAUGUGCCUUGCAUCAGCCGGAUCCGGCAACGGUGGCGGCCAUGGGGGGAUGCGGUUCGUGUCAACUUGAGGACUUCAUUGCCGCCUGCUGUCGUUUGCCGUGUGAUGCCGUCCACUUAAGCCACUGCGCUGUUCAUCUGCUCUGCUGCUAUUUUGCCAACGAGUCAGACCGCUGGGAACGGAAACUCGUCCGGGUAGAGAUACACAUUCUGACAGCGCACUUGUCUAGAAGUCCGCGCUUCCGCUGCGCACUGUGGGAGGCAAUGGACACGGCGCUGCCUGAACCAGAUGAGCAGCAGCUGUUGGGCCUCUUAUUCUGGCUCCAGCAUUUCGCAGAUGAAAAAAUCGUGAAGGCCGUCUGCACGAUGUUGUGCGCACUGCAGUCGGCGGAUCCGCGUCCGUCGGCGCAUUACGACGGGAAGAAGUGGUGUGUUGAUGGUCUGGACGGUUUGCAGCUGGCGAACCUGUCGCGUAUUAGCCGGCAUUUUCUUGUGAACUUGCAGCCAGAUACGUUCUUGUAGUCCAUCACGGUGCGGAUAUUUCGGUGGACAGAAUUAUUAGAGUAUAAUUAAACUACUGCAUCACUUUUAUUUCUUUAAUUUAAUGGGCUGCAUCGGUGAUUCUUUUAUUUCUAUUUGGGUUUGAGUUCUGAAACAGUUGCGCAUCCGGUUUAUUU